UGGCCCAGCGGUCCUUGCGGCCUCUCUUUCCGCGCGGCUGCGACGCCCGAGCUAUCGGGCGCAGAGCCUCCAGGAGAGUGCUGCUGGGGAUGGGGAUGGGCCCAGUACGGCCCCUCUGGUGCACUGCGCUGGCCUGGGUCCAGCCCAGGGCAGGCGCAACCAGGGAUGCAAGCGGAUGGGUCGAACGAGGCGCCUCGGGUGCACCAUGCACGCAAGCAGGAAGACCGCCAAGGGGCAGGCGCGGUCGUGGAUUCGGAAUUCUAUUGACAACAGGGGUUGAAAAAGCACGGCCGAAGGGCCCAGACCCCUAGCGGGCUGGGCGACCCCGGCAGUAGACUCAGGCAGCGCCCCGGGGGGUCGCCGCUGGCGGGCCGCCACCUCCUCGUAGACAUGACACCCCCCGAGCCCCGCCAGACAGCGCGACGACCCGCCCGAGGUCGUCCAAAAGACUCCUCGAUCCUCCGUCCUCGAACCUCAGAGCUGGCGACCCACCCCCGAGUGCUGAGCCUCCCCGACGCGCAGCGCGCAGCACGCAGCGUGCUGUCACGGAGCUCAACACGCAGACUGAAAGCGUAGAUCUGGCGCGAUGCGGUCUUUGCUUGUCCUGGGUCUCGAACGCGACCCCGGGCGGCAGGGGGAAACCAUGAGAUCCGACGUCACGAGAGAAAAUACGACGCUGCCCGACCUUCCUGCUGGCCGGAGCCGGUGCUGGGGCACCGCAGGCCCCCCGACGGCAGCAGCUCCCAUCCCACGCCGCCGCCCGAGGCCCAGAUCUCCAGCCCGCCAGGGAGAGGGGCCCCGAGAGGCCCAGGGGCAGAGGCCGUCGGGGAGCGUCUUCGCGGAGCGCGACGGGCAGCGCCGCCACCGCUGUGCCGAGCGAGCGGCCCCGCCAGAGGCAGAUCCGGGGGCCGAGAGCCGCUGGGGCGGAGCUGCUGUGACGGGAGCCCAUCGUGGAGUCCUAUGUCCAGCUCGGGGGCACGAGCUCCGACGGGCGGCCAGGGCGGUGCGGCCAGGCAGCAGCGGCCGGCCGCGUGAGGGGAGGGCGGGCGUCGAGCGGGGCCAGUCGAGACAACACGAAUGGCGGGGGAGCCGAAGAAAAGAGCGAAUGCGUGAACGAAUGAAGGCAUCAGAAAUGCUCAGAACGAGCGAGUGGUGGGUAAGGGGGUGGAUCUCACGCCCCACUUCUCUGAAACACUUCUUCAAACGGUUGCGGUGGCCUCGGCAGCACUCGCCACAGCCCAGGCGUCAAGCCUGGCCGCGUGUGCCCCCGCCUCCGGGCGGCCAGGCCAGCGGUAUUCCAAAAAAACUCGCCCGUAGGCGGAGAGGCGACGGCGUGACCGGCUCUCACAAAGAGCAGCCGGUGCUCGGGGAUGAGCAGAGGGGUACGCCUGAUCGCGCGAGGUCUCCGUAGCUCGUGUGCUCUC